AUGCGCACAUGUGACUUGAUCUCCCUGGACGCGGAGACGCCCAGCGAGCUGGGCUUUACCAUGGCUAUGACAGAGGACUUGACGGCGGUGCCCGAGACUGUACACCGCGCAGCAGACGCAGCACCUGCAGCUGCAGCACCUGGGCCUUUGCCUGGGUUCGGCGCGAACCAGGGACGUCAAGCACGACGUCAAGCACGUCGACGUGUGGGAGCGAAGCUUUUGCCAAGCACAGAUUCUCAACCGUUGGAGCCGUCCUUCGAGCCCAGCAAGGUUUGCCUCCGCCACCAGACUGCCAAGCAGCUGGGCGCCACCCCGAAGAACGCUACCAGCCGGGAGGUGAAGGUCAUCGUUGAGGCCCCUGGCCUAUCAGCAUCCCAAGACAUUGGAUUAACAUCAUUUCUAUUGUGCAAAAGAUGCAUCAACUUUCCCUGA